CGCCAACGGAGAAGGAGAAAGUCCGCAUCGAGCACAUCCGGAGAAUGUUGGUUUUGCAACACCAAUAUCAACCUCACGGUUCCUUCAUGCGUGCCAGUACAACAGAAGCAUCAAGAAGUCCUGGAACUGGAAUGAUAGAGCAAGAAGAUCGGGUCGGCGGGGAACCCUACGGACAUCGAGAUC